AUGCCUGACCGGGACAGUUCCUACCUGUCAGGUGGUGGCGGCAGUGGUGGUAGUUUGGGCGAGGAGGGAGGACCUGGAUCCGGUUUGGCAGGGGGCUCGGCAGAGGGCAGAGGAGGCUCAGGAGGAAGUGUUGGAGGCAACGUCUCUGGCUCUGGGAGCAUGGGGGGAGGAGGGGCGCUCGGAAACGGCAAUAGUUGCGGGAACGGCGGUGGCGGGGGGCAAGGUGCGGGACUGGCGUUGGACGGCGUCUGCAGGGACUUUAUACGCAAUGUGUGCAAGAGAGGGAAACGCUGCCGCUUUAGACACCCGGUCUUUAAUGAGGUGCCCGACUUGGGAGUGCAAAAGAACGAGUUCAUCUUUUGUCAUGAUCAUCAGAAUAAGGAGUGUAUGCGCUCCAACUGCCGCUUUGUGCAUGGAUCUAAAGAGGAUGAGGACUAUUACAAGAAAACAGGAGCACUGCCCCCCAGAUUAAGAGGGAAAGUUGCAGCACGACUGGGCCUGUCCCCCAUGGAUCUCCCCCAUAGCCGUGGGGAGGUCCCUAUCUGCAGAGACUUUCUGACAGGAGAGUGCCAGAGGGGCAACAAAUGUAAAUUUCGCCAUGUCAAAAAAGACUACGAAUACGAGCCUUCCAGGGUCGGAGCAGGUGGUGUAAUCGGGCCAGGUGCCAGUGGAAUGGUGACUUCUGGGGGAGGGAUAGGUGGCGGAGGAGGAGGUGCCUGUAGUGGAAUGCAAGGACUUGUGGGAGGUGGUGGUGGGAGUAAUAUGAUGGGGAUGGGCUGUCCCAGCUUGGGUGGUUGCAGAGAUCCAGGUAUUUCAGGAAUUGGGGGAGUAGGUGGAGGUGGGAUAAGUGGUUGUCUGUCGAUAAGUUCCUCAGGACAGCGGCGUUACGACAGGAGCUCGUGCACAGUGUACGAUCCUCUGCUUGAGAAUGGGCUGUUCGAUGCAGGCUCUCUGGAGGCCUCGAUGGACCACACUGCUCUGCAGUUGAAGAGGCGGCGGUUGGAGGGCCUGCGCCUGGCAGAUGGGAAUGGAGGCGGACAUUAUGAGCUCGGAGUCCAGGCCACCUUGCCGCCGCGUCCUCUUGAGUACAGAAUCCUGGAGGAAGAAAACUCCCUGCUGAGGAAGAGGGUGGAAGAGUUGAAGAAACAGGUUUCAAACCUCAUUGCCACAAAUGAGGUUCUUCUGGAGCAGAACGCCCAGUUCCGCAGCCAGGCCAAGGUUAUGACGCUCUCCUCCACUCCUGCACCCACUGAGCAGAGUCUGGCGCCCCCUGUAGGUGCAGUAAGUUCCUACAAUCAUAGCAUCGCCCAGACUCACACCACCCUGAGCAGCGCCGGACUGCAGCCUCGGCCUGUCACGCAGCAAGACCUGGUGGCUCCCACUGGUGCCCCCGCAGCGCCCCCAACUAAUGCAGCCCCACCUACUGCUCCGCCACCCCACCUCAACCCAGAGAUCACACCCCUCUCAGCUGCCCUCGCACAGACCAUUGCCCAAGGGAUGGCGCCUCCUGUUUCUAUGGCACCAGUGGCUGUAUCUGUUGCACCGGUGGCAGUGUCUAUGACACAGCCUCUGCCUGGCAUUACCAUGAGUCAUGCCACCACCCCGAUGGUGUCGUACCCCAUUGCAAGUCAAAGCAUGAGGAUCACCACUCUGCCUCACUAACUGAUUCACGGUCAGGACUGUAGUACCCACAGGUCAGACUGUAGCAUCCUCAAUGGGGGUUUUUAACAUAGAAGGUCUCCUUUUAUUAGUAUGACACUCGGCUGAUGACAGAGCAGUGUCAAGAGUGAGGAAUAGACACUCAUACUUCUCCACCAGAGGGCGGGAUAACGACUAAUCUGUUUAGCCUCCUUGUCUCUGUGUUCUAUGGCAACAUUUCAAAAAAAUUUUUUCCUGCAGACUGACUGUCCUGUGAACUCUGGCAAAAAGGUCAGUGUACCAAAGGGAUCUUUUAAAACAUAGGCACCAAAAACAACAACAAACUCAAAAUAUGUGAGAUCAUCCAUAGUGUUUGAACCAUUUCUGCAAGACCACCGUGCCAUCCUUGUGGACACAUGAAGACUUUGGAAGUAGUUUUUGUUUAUAUUUUUGUGGUUUGCUCUGGUGUAAAUUAACUUUGGUACUUUGCACAUUAAAAAAAAAAAAAAAAAAACAACCAUUCAAAAAUGAA